GAAACAGUCAUGGGUCUGGGGCAGACGCUGCGGAACAUCAAGGCCCGCGUGACCAUGGAGCUGUUCCAGAUCGACGUGGACGAGCAUGUCGCUCCAUCCUUCAAGGGCUCCAAGGUGCAUGAGCCCAACGCGCCCAAGUCGAUCCGCGUCCUGUCGCUCAACGUGUGGGGCAUCCCCGUGUCUCCGCACGUCCUCGAGCGCGCAGCCGCGAUCGGUCGCAUGUUGGAGGCUCGAUCUGGCGAGUUUGACAUUGUCACAUUGCAGGAAGUGUGGCAUCGUCGCGAGAAGAACAUCAUUCUGAGCGCGGCGACGCGCGCCGGGUUCGGGUACUCGCACUACUUCCAUCCGGCGGUGGGGUUCCCGCUGCCCAUCGGCCACGACUCGUUCGGGACGGGGCUGCUCAUCCUGUCCAAGUACCGCCUGUCUUCCGCGAUGUACCACCCGUUCCUCCUCACAGGUCGGCCGUACGCGCUGCACGAAGCCGACUUCAUCGCAAACAAGGGCGUGGGUCUUCUCCGCGUCCACGACGGCGGCGGCGGCGAGAUCGCCGACUUGUACGUGACCCAUUUGCUCGCCAACUACAACCAUCUAGGGAAACCCGGGCCAGGGGACACGUACAUGCCGCACCGCGCCGCGCAAUCGUACGAACUGAGCUGCUUCAUCGCCGAGACGAGUCGGAACGACCUCGCGAUCGUUUGCGGCGACUUCAACUCCCCAUCCGACUGUCUCGUGCUCGACAUCAUGCGGGACCUCGUGGACAUGCGCGAUGCGUUCCAUGAGAACGACCCGACCGAGGCCGGCCUCACCUUCGGCACCCACGACAACAAGUUCAGCCACGGCGAUCAUCCCAUGCGGAUGGACUACAUCCUCUUCCGAACGGCGCCGACUUCGCCGUGGCGGCUCACCGACAGCGGCGUCUUCAAGGGGUACUUUACCACAUCCUGCGGAGAAGAGUGUCCUCUUUCCGAUCAUUUUGGCGUACAUGCUGCCUUUGCUCUGGAUACUCAAUCGAGUACUUUGCCGCCUUUCUCACCGAAAACAAACCGUUCGAUCAAGUGUCUGCGACAAGUGCAGGAUACGCUGUCGCAGGGCCGCGUGGAGAUCAUCCAUCUGCGCAUCGUGCACUUAAAGCGCGCGGCACUUGGGUUGGCGUUCGUGGCACUUGGAGGCGCAGUUAACGUGUACCAGUGGGGCGAGAGUUGGGCCGUGGGAACUCGGGUGCUGUGGUACUUUGGCCUGACGCUGGGUCUGAUUUAUGCGCUGGUCGAGUACGUCGUGGCGUUCUUUGUACUUACAUUGGAAGUGUCGAGCUUUACGGAACUGCAAAACCAAGUUCGAUUACAUGCCCAUAACUUGGAUUUGAACCAAGACUAAGUAGUUUUCUAAUUGUUUUGACUAGUAUUAUAUUCGAGAAAGAUGGUACGGUAGUACUGUAUUGACUGGU